CCUCCGUCCUCACCACACAUACAGGUCCGACUGCAGACUCAGCCGAAGCCUGCCCUAGGCCGCACUCUGCUGUACCGUGGGGCCCUGGAUUGUCUGAGGAAGACUGUUGUGAAUGAGGGACUCUCCGGGCUCUACAAGGGGAUGGGUGCUCCCCUUCUUGCGAUCACUCCCAUCACCGCUGUCAUCUUCUUUGGGUAUGGCGUGGGCAAGAAACUACAGCAGCGGCACCCCGAAGACCCCCUCUCAAGGCCUCAGCUGUUUGUUGCCGGGAUGGUCUCUGGUGUGUUCAGCACCGUUAUCCUGAGUCCUGUCGAGAGAAUCAAGUGCCUAUUACAGGUGCAGACAGGAAGUGGGGACAGGAGGUUUUCGGGACCCGGGGAUUGUGUGAGGCAACUCUACAAAAUGUCCGGUCUGGCCGGUAUCUACAAAGGGACCUGCAUCACGUUACUGAGGGAUCUCCCGGCCAAUGGCGUCUACUUCCUGAGUUACGAAUGGCUGAAGGAUGUCUUGACCCCCCAGGGUGAAAGCGUUGCUCAGCUGACCACUCCCAGAAUCCUCUUGGCCGGUGGAAUGGCAGGGGUCAUCAACUGGAUGGUAGCCAUGCCAGCCGACGUGGUCAAGUCUCGCUUCCAGACUGCUCCUGACACCAAGUAUCUGAACGGUUUCCGUGAUGUCCUUCGGGAGUUGAUCCGGGAAGAGGGUUUCCGCGCUCUCUACAAGGGUUUCUCUGCCGUUAUGUUGCGGGCGUUCCCAGCUAAUGCGGCCUGUUUCCUGGGCUUCGAGAUGGGCAUGCGGUUCAUCAACUGGAUCUUCCCGGAGGAGGACUGACACCGUGGGAGGGGGGGAGGGAAGGGCGUUUGACCCUCUUUCCCCACCCCCCUUACACCCACCCCGACACUUGGAGGUCGUCAGGUGGUGCCACCCACCCC